AUGGAUUUCAAGUCCCACUUUCCCCUCCCAGGCAGCUCUGCACAGGAAUACCUGCACCACCAUAUUCAGCAGCUGAGUCUGGGCCGUGGCGGCUCCAAGAGGAUGCUUGAGGGCCUGAAAGUGAACAAGAUGGACGGGUCCACCAAAGAGGAAGAGGAAGAGGAGGAUCGUGCCUUCACCAACAUUUCUCUUGCAGAUGACACAGACCACUCAUCAAGAAUUUUGUAUCCAAGGCACAGAAGUUUGUUACCGAAGAUGAUGAAUGCUGACAUGGAUGCAGUUGAUGCUGAAAAUCAGGUGGAACUGGAGGAAAAAACACGACUUAUUAAUCAAGUGUUGGAACUCCAACACACGCUUGAAGAUCUGUCUGCAAGAGUAGAUGCAGUUAAGGAAGAAAAUCUGAAGCUAAAAUCAGAAAACCAAGUUCUCGGACAAUAUAUAGAAAAUCUCAUGUCAGCUUCUAGUGUUUUUCAAACAACUGACACAAAAAGCAAAAGAAAAUAA